AACAGAUGUUUGUCAGGUAGAAUUUAUUUCAUUGCUUCUUUGUUUUUUUUUAUGUAAGGAGAAAAACUCAAAGAGAGAUAAUAUGAAUUUCGCGCGACGUUGUAAAUUAAAUAUCUUAAACAACUCUAUAAAACAUGGAAAUUUUAAUGAAAACUGCAAUAAGCUAUUAGCGCAAGUGCGUAAAAAGACUACACAAGCCGCAGCUGGUGCUGCGAGUGGCGAUGAUAAUGGCAAGAAAGCAAACGCAGAUGAAGAACGCACAACGCAUUUCGGUUUCCAAAAGGUGAAAGAAAGUGAGAAGGAUAAAAAAGUACACAAAGUGUUUGAGGAUGUCGCCAGCUCGUAUGAUCUUAUGAAUGAUGCUAUGUCGGUUGGAGUACAUCGUUUGUGGAAGGAUAUUUUCAUGGAUCGCUUAUGGCCUACGCAUGGUGUUCGGCUACUGGACAUGGCAGGCGGUACAGGCGAUAUUGCUUUUCGUUAUAUGCGUCAGCUUGCCGCACAGAAAAAUAAUUUGAAACGCCAUAGUCAUGUCACAAUAUCAGAUAUUAACCAACAUAUGCUGGAUGUAGGUAAAGAGCGUGCUCGGUUACAAGGUCUUACUGAAGAGGAAUUGCCGUUUUUAACUAUAAAUUGGCAACAAGCCGAUGCAGAGCAAUUACCAUUCGAAGAUAACAGUUUUACAGCGUAUACAAUCGCUUUUGGCAUACGCAAUUGCACGCACAUUGAUAGAGUAUUGCGUGAGGCGUAUCGCGUCUUGAAACCAGGUGGACGUUUUAUGUGUUUGGAAUUUAGUCAUCUAACGAACAGCACAUUGCAAUGGAUAUAUGAUAAAUAUUCAUUUCAAGUAAUACCACCAAUGGGACAAAUUUUGGCUGGCCAAUGGCAACCAUAUCAAUAUUUGGUCGAGAGCAUUAGGCAAUUUCCAAGACAAGAGGAUUUCAAGAAAAUGAUUGAGGACGCAGGAUUUGAAUUGGUCUACUACGAGAAUCUAACCUUCGGCGUUGUGGCAAUACACUCUGGUUUUAAGUUAUAAAAUUAUUUACUUUUCUGUAAACACCAAAACAAAUAGUCCACACAUUUCUUUUCUUACCAUUUGUUAGUGUUAAGUUGUAACGAGAUAUAAAGAUUAUUUAUAAAUUUAGAACUAAACUAC